CAGGGACCAGGGAAGGCUGAGGGGCUAGUCUGAGUCUAACCUACCCUGCCACCUGUCUGCUCUGAACUGAGCUGAGCACCAGCUUGGGGAGCCCAGACUUGGUGUCCUGGGAACCUGGGUUGGGGGCAGGCGCUGCCCCAGUUUACCCGAUUCUUCAGGUGGCACAAAGGGCACCCCCAAUGGUGGGCAGCAGGCUUGCCUCACCCGUGGACAGAGGACCCCACUCCCAACAGUGCUCACCCCUUCCUUGGGCUGCACAGUUGGCCUCUGGAGGAAGGUGUCUGGUGUCUUUGCAUCCCACCUCUCCUGUGAUCCUCCACCCCACCCCCUGCACCUCUACCAGCAGGAGCCCCCACAUCACUUUUGUUUUGCCAGCUUGGAGGGAGACUGGUGAGAGAGGGUCUAAAGGGUUUUUGUUUGCUCUUAUAAUUGGUCUCUCUCAAGGGUUAGCAGAACUGUGGGAAAGUGGGGUCUUCCUGGGAAAUUUGUACACCUCAGGGUGCACACAGCUUGCAGCUGAGGUGAGAGGUCUGAGGCAGAAAUAGAAGACUAAAAGUUCGAGUCAAGAGGGUGAGUGAAAACUGGUGUUUUGGGAGUGGAAGAGAUCACUGAGAAGCGUGCAGAGAGAAGAGAAAACACCAAGCAGGCUGCUGAAGCACAGGCUCUCAAGGCACAGCCAGAAUGGGAGCACAACCCACUGGAGCAGGAGUGCUGUGGACUGGUGACUUCCAAAAUUAUUAGAUAAUAGUGGUAUAAUUACUCACCCUUCUUACCACUGGGGGUCUGUGCACCCCCCCAAAACCCCCCUACACCAUGGAAAUUUCAUUAAUUCUCCGAAGGUCACAGAUAUGGGUUGACUAUGUAUAGUCCCCCUUCAAUUCCUUUUUGAAAAAAAUAUAUUUUAUUUUAAUAAGGGGGAGAGAGAGAUACAGAGAGAAAGAACAGAGCACUGCUCAGCUCUGGUUUAUCUUUGUGCUGGGGAUUUUUUAAAUAUUUAUUUGUUCUCUUUUGUUGCUCUUGUUGUUUUAUUGUUGUAGUUAUUAUUGUUGUUAUUGAUAUCUUGGUUGGAUAGGACAGAGAGAAAAUGGAGAGAGGAGGGGAAUACAGAGAAAAGGAGAGAAAGACACCUGCAGACCUGCUUGAACUCCUGUGAAGUGACUCCCCUGCAGGUGGGGAGGGGGUCUGGAAUCAGGAUCCUUACACCAGUCCUUGUGCUUCAUGAAGAUAGAAAGCAAGAGAGAGUGGUCCGGGUGGUGGCGCAGUGGACAAAGAAUCAGACUCUCAAGCAUGAGGUCCUGAAUUCAAUCCUACCUGCAGGGAAAUAGCUUCACAAGCAGUGAAGCAGGUCUGCAGGUGUCUAUCUUUCUCUCCCUCUCUAUGUCUCCCAUCCUCUCUCCUAUAUAACGACAACAUCAGCAAUAACUAAUACAACAAUAAAGGACAACAAAAGAAAAUAAAUAUUAAAAAAUUAGAAAAAAUUCUUUAUAAUUUACCACAUCAAUAUAAUAUUAAAAUAUACUUCUCUACUUAUGAGUGAGAGAGAGAAGAGAAAGAGAGCCAGAAUAUCACUCUGGCUUGUGUGAUUCUAGGAAUCCAACUCACACCUCCUGCUUGUAAGUCAGGCACUCUGCCUGCUGAAAAGUUUCCUUCAUAGUCUCUGAUUUAAAUGCUCUCCCUUGUCUUCUUUGCUCUGCUUCUGAGAUGCCCACAUCCUUCUCUAGAUAUCAUCAAUGGCUUUGUGGGCCUCAAAGCUUACACUGUGCAUUCUGUUCCUUUUACUAACUAACUCUCUUAAUUUCUCACCUUUCAUGAAAUGCUCCUCCUAGAAGUACAAGCUCAGGUGACACUCUCUGAUCCACAUUUCCACCUCCACCCCACCACAGGAUAUCUUUUCUUACAGUCUUCCCCCAGCCAAGAAGCCUAUAUUUCCAUGAACUCAACAGUGAUUCUUAAAUCCAAUUGGAUAUAUGCUACAUAGAUGUCAGUUUACAUCAAGUGCAGAUCAGCGAAAAUUUGUGGUGUCAGUAUUCAAGAACAUCAUGUUUCUCUGUGUUGAAAAACAAGAAGAGUCCCACCUCCACGAGAAGCGCCGUGGAGGGGGCGGCCCUGGCCGCUGGAGACCCGCGGAGCCAGCCUCCGCCAGCUGGCCAGUGGGAGCUCGUCCUUCCGGUGCCUCGGGCCUGCAGCGGCGGCCACAUGGAGCCCGUUGGCCCGGGGGAGCAGCCGGUCCUGGAGGCCCGGGUGCACUUCCGAGUGAGCAGGUUAAUCAUGGAAGCAGGCAUCAAGCUUAGGAUGCACUACAUCCCCAUUGCCACAGCCUGCACCAUGUACCACAAGUUCUUUUGCGAAAUUAGCCUGGACGCCUAUGACCCCUACUUGGUCGCCAUGUCUUCCCUCUACUUGGCUGGCAAAGUGGAAGAGCAACACCUGCGCACACGUGACAUCAUCAAUGUGUCCAUCAGGUACUUCCACCCCAGCAGCGAGCCCUUGGAACUGGAUGCUCGCUUCUGGGAGCUGCGGGACAGCAUUGUGCAGUGCGAGCUGCUCGUCCUUCAUGUUCUGCGUUUCCAGGUCAACUUCCAGCACCCACACAAGGUGUUCAGUGACGACCUCAUCAAGCCAAUCAUUGACAGCAUCGUAUCUGAUCUCAUUCAGAUCUAACACCUUGGGCACAGGUAUCCCCUAGGGCCUGCCCUGGGUCCCCAGGAGAAACCCGAGUGCCUGGCCCCCACAGGCCCAUCCUGGAGGGUUGGCAGGCAUGGACUGCCGAGGGCUGUGAACGCUGCUGUGGAAGCAUCUGUGCCUGGUGGCCCGGGCCUGAAGCCAUACCUGCAGAGGGCUGGCCUGAAUGUAGCUGGCCCCAUUGUCAGAGAGGACAGCAGCUGUACGGGAAGCCAGCUUACUGCACAGGAGAUCAGAGAGCAGAUGGGAGUGGAACCUUGGGGUUUUUUAAAGCCAGAUUUUAGCAAGUAUGAAAUGUACAACCCAGAUGGAACUCUAUUUUGUGUAAUAAAAGAUGAUUCUAAUUAAAAAAAAAGAAAAACAAGAAGAGGUUAAUGGGAGACAUUUUAUUGUAUAUAGACUAAUGAGUAGUUACAAGUUGUUAAUCGUUUAGUCAUUCAUUGAAUAAAACUUCAAGAGUUCUCAAUUCACUUUUUUCAGUUGAUCUUCUAUUGUCCAUUGUCAUAUUACCUUGUAGUUUCAUGUGAUUCCGUAUUUGUAUGUAGAGAGAAGUGAUAGCAUCUAGGAAACAUGUUCAAAAGCAUUUAAAAUACAGCCCCUAAGAUUUUAUUUUGAUAAAUUUAUUAGUCACAUUGAAAUUAUCAUCUAUUCUUCCUAGUUUUUAGUUUCCAAAUGUUAUGUGACUGGAGAAUAGAUGACAGUUUUUUUUUUUUUAAACAUAAACCUAUGGUGAUGUUUAAAAACUAUGGAAGCUGUUUAAGGUGGCUUGCAGCACUGCAUAGAACUUUCUGGCAGGUUACUUUUUUAUUGCAUAGGAUACAGAGAAACUGAGAGGAGAGGGAGAUAGAGAUGAAGAGAGAAAAACACCACCUGCAGACAUGCAGACCUACUUCACUGCUUGUGAAGUGACCCCCUGCAGGUGGGAAGCUGGGUUCUCUAACCAGGAUCCUUGUGUGGGUUCUUUGCUUCAUUGCUAUGUGCUCUUAACCCAGUGUGCGACUACCUGACUCCCGCUGAUAGGAAUCUUGAUCCUAGGUGUCAUGUAUACCAGCGUGAUAUUCUGCUUCUAGCUCAUUAAUGAGUAUAUAAGUGUAUCUACUAAUAAAGGGAUUGCUUUAUCUCAAGUCAUUUAUAUGGAAGAAAAAAACGCUCAGGUAA